CAUUUCCUCUCCUCUCCUCUCCUCCUCACACCUAACCUAACAGUCCGACUCCUCAGUCCUCACACGGUCACACCUAACAGUCCUCACACUGCUCUGAUCAACUCCUCACACCUAACAGUCCUCAGUCCUCACACCAACGGCGGCGGGAGUUCUCAGGCACCAACAACGGUGAUGGCGGAUGAAACUAGACUAAGUGCGGCUGGUUCAACUGAUAGCGUACCUAAUACAGAUGAUAGCAAUGACAUUGACAAGUCAUUUGACACCCAGACCUGGGUAACAAAGAAAAUAAAAGAAAUAAGUUCUAGAUCAGCGGUUUGGGAUCAUUUUGAUAAGGUUGUUAUGAAUGGUAUUGGUAAAGCGAGGUGUAGACAUUGUAAAAAUCUUUAUGCCGCUAAUACAAUUGUAAAUUGGACAACGGGAUUGAGACAACAUAUAACUUUGAGGUGCCCAGUAUAUAAAGCUAAGAUUGAAACUUGCACUCAGAAAAAGAUAAAUUUUGCAUCUAAGGAUGAGCCGCUUUGGGAAUUUGAUCAACAAUUAAUUAGAAGGGAUUUUGUUGAGAUGAUAAUUACGGAUGAACUACCAUUUAGCUUUGUAGAAAAGGAAGGCUUCAAGAAGUUUAUGAAUGUAGCCCAACCUUUAUUUCAAGUUCCUUCCCGUAGAACAAUAACAAGAGAUUGUUAUGAACUUUAUGGCGAAUUGAGACUAGAUUUGAAGAAGAAUUUUAGAGACGCAAAAUCAAAAACCUGCCUUACUACUGACACAUGGACAUCAUUGCAAAGAAUUAAUUAUAUGUGUUUGAUCAAGCCACUAUAUUGA